CGAUAGGUGGCGAUGUUUCUUUGGGCGAGCUGCUGAACUGGGCGGAGACACUGACACUGAACGACCAUGUGCGUCCGGUUCACAUGAGCAUGGCGGCUCCUGCUGUUGCUGCUGGACCUUCCUCCGCAGAAAACAUGCCAGCAACUGCGAAUGGACCCACGGAGAAUUCCGCUGAGGCCCAGAAACGACCGCAGUUCGGCACUCGCUUCCUCACAGACCCGCGACAGGUGUUUCAGCACAACGCGUGGGAUAAUGUGGAGUGGUCAGCUGAACAGGAGCAGGCCGCCCAGAAAAAGGUGCAGGAAAACAGUCAACCUCUCCCAGCAGAAAAACAAGAGGAGUUUGACAACCGGGCCAAUAAGUACUGGAACGAUUUCUACACCAUUCAUGAGAAUGGCUUCUUCAAGGAUCGCCACUGGCUGUUUACAGAGUUUCCUGAGCUGGCCCCUCAACAAAAGCCUCCACAAGACGCUGAGGCGAAUCUGUUAAAUGUUGAAGAUGUUCCCUCGACUCACAAUGACACCGAAUUUCCUGGAGCCUCUGCAUCCUAUCGCAUCCUGGAGGUAGGCUGUGGAGUAGGCAAUACAGUCUUUCCCAUCUUAAAAACCAACAAUGAUCCAGGACUCUUUGUUUACUGUUGUGAUUUCUCCAGCACGGCUGUUGACCUUGUCAAAUCAAAUCCUGAAUAUGACCCGUCGUGUUGUCAUGCGUUCGUCCAUGAUAUGAGUGAUGCGUCUGCAGAGUAUCCAAUACCAGACCACAGUCUGGACGUCAUUGUCCUCAUAUUCGUGCUGUCCGCCCUGCAUCCUCAGAAGAUGCAGAACUCUAUUAAUAGGUUAGCACGAUUGCUGAAACCUGGAGGAGUGUUGUUAUUGAGAGACUAUGGCCGCUAUGACAUGGCACAGCUUCGUUUCAAAAAAGGGAGGUGCUUGUCUGAAAAUUUCUAUGUUAGAGGGGAUGGAACACGUGUCUACUUUUUCACACAAGAUGAGCUGCAUGAUCUGUUCUCCAGUGCCGGCCUGGAGAAGGUGCAGAACUUAGUGGACCGACGCUUACAGGUGAACAGAGGAAAACAGUUGACAAUGUACAGAGUCUGGGUACAGUGCAAGUAUCGCAAGGUCCUGGUGCCCCCUUAGAAUCAAGACCGCUUAUUUGGAGAGAUCGAGAACAUCUGGGCUGAACCAUGCGAAUAUUGUGAUAUGGUUGUUUUAAAGAUGAUGGACAGGUUGCAACAACAGGGAGGAUUGCGGUGCUGACACAUGUGAUUGAACAUGCUGAACGCGCUGACUGGUAUGAGUCUCAAUCUUAUGCAGCCUACUUGGGAAUGUUGAUGGAGGACAUGUUGAGUUCCCAUGAUGCACCUGAGGACUUUAAACUUUCUGUUUAUCACAUGUUUUUAAGGACAUUUUUUAAUCUUAUGAAUAAACUACAUGAUGUAUUAAAUC